AACACCUAUUACCAUGGCAACAAUUAUUCAAUUCCUCAAACUUUCAAGUCAAUUAUGUAACAAAUUUAUAUAUAGUUUUUUUAAAUUAACCCCUUUAUUUAAUUGCCCACAUUUAAUUUAUUUUCUACUUUUAUUCCUCUCAAAUUAUAUUAAGACAUCAUAAUGUCUAUACAAGAACAACAACUCCACAUAGUGUUCCUACCCUACAUGGCACCAGGCCAUAUGAUGCCAAUGAUGGACAUAGCUAGGGCGUUUGCCACCCUAGGCAACACCAAAGCCACCAUCAUAACCACCCCGACAAACGCCUCGCGUUUUGCAACCACCACCACUAGAGACACCGACAACUCCGGUAGCCGGAAAAUCACAUUCCUUACAAUUUCCCUCCCAUUGAAGGAAGUAGGCCUCCCCGAAGGUUGUGAAAACCUCGUGUCAGUGUCGACACGCGAGACGACGUUCAAGCUCAUUCGAGCAAUCGACAUGUUGCAACCGAAGUUAGAGACAAUACUGUUUGACACCAGACCAGACUGCAUCGUGUCUGACUACCUUUACCCUUGGACCGUCGAAGUCGCCGCCAGCCUCGGGAUCCCGAGGCUGGCGUUUAGUGGAAGUAGUUUUUUUAAUAACUGUGUUAGUUACAACCUCGAACGGUAUCGGGUUCGACCCGAUCGGGUCGACGACCCGUUCACGGUUCCGAAUUUACCCGACGAGGUUAUAUUGACACGGUCACAACUUCAAGACCAUGGAAAGACGAAAACGAACUUUAACGAGUUGUUCGAGAGGCUAAAGAAAGCAGAGAGGGGCAGUUUUGGAGUAAUCAUGAAUAGUUUUUACGGGUUAGAGUCUAAUUAUGUAGAUUAUUUUAGAAAUGGGGUAGGAAUUAAGUCAUGGGGUAUUGGACCGUUAUUUAUGUUAAAUAGACAUACUUUGGAAGAUAAACUCGAACGAGGGGACAAGAGUUCGAUCUUUGAUCUAGACAAAUGCUUACAUUGGCUCGAUUCGAAGACGGCCAAUUCGGUCCUUUACAUCUGUUUUGGGAGCUUAAGUCGUUUUACUAAGGCUCAACUUAGUGAAAUGGCUAGUGCUUUUAUGGAUUCUGGGUGUUAUUUUAUCUGGGUGUUAGGUAAAGUUAUGAAAUCUCAUAAUAAUAAUAAUAAUAAUAAUAAUAAUAAUAAUAAUAAUGAUCAAGAAAGUGAUGACGAGGAAGAACAAGAAGAAGAAUAUUGGUUGCCAGAUUGGUUUGAAGGAAAUAAUAAUGAUGAACGAGGGCUCGUGAUCAAAGGGUGGGCCCCACAACUGUUAAUCCUCGAGCACAGAGCCAUAGGAGGAUUUUUGACGCAUUGUGGGUGGAACUCGGUGCUAGAAGGGGUGUGUGCAGGGGUACCAUUGAUUACUUGGCCGUUAUUUGCUGAUCAAUUCUACAAUGAGAAACUUGUGACACAAGUAAUUAAGAUUGGAGUUGAGGUUGGGAACAUGGUGUGGAAAACGUGGGCGGUUGACGAGACGGAGGUGGUGGAGAAGAGGAAGAUAAUGGAAGCCAUUAAAAGGGUUAUGGGAGGAGGAGAAGAGGGGGAAGAACUUAGGAGGAAGGUUAAGAAGUUUAGUGGGUUAGCUAAAAAAGCUGUUGAACAAGGGGGGUCGUCAUAUAAUGAUUUUAAUGACCUACUAAAGGCAAUUAACAUGCACAAAUAUGAUAAAAUAAUGUUAAAAGAAUAGAGUUUAAUUUAUAGAUACCAGUUUAGUUGAUUCAAGAACUAGCUAGAAAACACCCUACAUACUUUUUAGGAUGCAAAGUGGUAAUUGUUUUUAUUAUAACAAUUAUGUCUUUAUGUAAAUCUAUGGUUUUUACAUGUCGAUUUUAUCUUAGA